AUGAUGAUGACUCUUCCAAAACUUCUGACAGACUCUGCAGUGCAGACCCUCCACCACCACCGUUUACAAAGUACAAGGGGAGAGGGAAGCCUGGCAACGGCAGGUGAGGGUGCCUACUACAAGAACCACACAGAGUGGAAAACCCGCCCGUCCCCAGCGCAUACAGAUGUGAGGCCUAGUGCACGCCGCCUACCCAAGUCGAGAGCGGCGGAGGCUGUACAUCGAAAGCUCCAAGCAAGGAAACGCCGGGGGGCAAGACGGCACACGAGACCCGAACAACCAACCCAUAAAGCCCACCAUCGUAUCCCACUAGGGACAAGCAUAAACCCUGCCAGAUCACAGAUCUCUGUGAAACCAGAACCUACUAGCCUGCAAAUCUUGAGCCGGGACAGCUCCUUCUCUAUGCUCCGCAUUGUAUGCACUCCCAAGACCAACAUGAG